AUAGAUGAUUGCAUCGGGGAGGAAGAGAAAAAUAACAACAAACACUGACAGUGAGAGGCUAAACUGGCUGGGCAGAUGAAAGGGAACCCCGCUCCAACCAGGUUGGUCCAUGCCUGAGGCACAGGUUGGCUGUGUGUUAGACUCCAUUUACUCCCUCAAACUGGGAUGAUCCAAACAGUUGAGGGAGCGUCCGAUGAUGAGUCUGACUUUGAGGAGAUGUCCAUUUGAGACCCUUUUAGGUGAUGAUUGAGGUGAAUCUUCAUAUUGCCCCCUUUUGUUGACAUCAUCAUCCAAUGUGGAGGAGGAGCAUUCUUCUUUGUUACACACAUCCAUAUGUGGAUUCAUGUGGAAACUUUUCUCUCUCUCUCUCUCUCUCACACACACACAGCACCACAGUUCUUCAAGUGUGUGUGUGUAUCGGCCUGUGUAAGAAAAACAGUGCCACCCAAAACUGUGCCAUGAGAAUUUCUGGCAAAGGCCAGACCUACUCCUCUUACUGUGCCAAUCUCUAGCAUUAACUCAAUAGGAUCAUCCGCCUCUAGCUAGUUGAUUAACAGAGCUGUGUUAAAGAGGGAUUGUUGUCCUGGAAGGAGCUUCCUGCCCUCGAGGAACACCAUCCGCUCAGACUGCCUCCCUCUGAGGCUCAGACGGCAGAUGCUUCGCCAGCAAGUUCCAGAGCCACCCCGCCCCAUAGAGGACCACCCCACCCCAUAGAGGACCAUCCCGCCCCAUAGAGGACCACCCGCCUGCCCUAACAGCCUCUAGGAGGGACCCACCCCGGGCGCAUCAUGGAAGGGCUGGAGGUGGAGGAUAUUAGUCCUGCCCUGGAGGCCACUGAGGACUUCCUACACUGCCUAGAUGGGGGUGGAGGCCAAAGCCACUGCCAGGGUGGGGAUGGGUUCCGGCAGCCUAGGCAACACCACCCCAAGCUGCAGGAGAUGUCUGCAGCCCUGGGGAAGCUGAGCUCUAGCGGGGUGUGGGGCCUGCUGGCCAGGGAGCAGGGGACCGAGGUAUCCCCCCGUAACGUGGCCUGGGCUGACCAGCCCUCUGCCUUCAGCGUGCUGGCUCUGAGGCAGGGGAAAAGAAGUCGUGCUCGUUCCACCAACGACCUGGCUGCCCACACCAAGGACACCAACAACACCACCUCUAACUCCUCCAACACCGCCUUUAAGAAAGGCCACAAUCGCUCACGUUCUGAUGUCAACUACCGACCGUCCUACACAGACAACGCUAAUGGCCUGCCUGCUGUGGACAAGAACAUGCUGAAGAACAUUGCUCUCAACGACCAGAGAGAAGAAGCCCAUAAGGACAGCAGCAGCGGCAGUGUGGUGAAGCAGGGCUCCCUGGAGCAUCGUGAGGGUCAGAAGGGUCGUUGGAGCAUCUGCCACCUAGAGCUGACCCCCUGUGAGCUGCGUCUCUACAGCCUGGACAGCAGUGGUAACCGCCAGCUCUGCACCGCCUACUCCCUGUCCCACUGCCAGGGGGUUAGCCAGCCCCAGCCACCACAGGACGGACGAGUCCUCCAGGCCCUCUUCUUCAACAGCUCCACCCGCCUGCAAUUACGUGCCGCCUGCCAGUGGGAGGCGCUAGACUGGAGGAGGCAGAUCUGGGAGAGAGUAUUGGCUGCCCGGCCCGCCCACAAACAGGCAGAGCCGCCUCCAGUCUUAUCCCCGUCGUCAUCCAUCUCCUCUGGAGGUCUCGACACCAGACCAGACCCCAUUGGUCCUGCUGAGGCUGCCCUGACCCCUCAUACCUCGCAUCUCCCCCCAGCCCGGCCCACGGCCCUGCCCCUGUUCACCAAGCGCUGUGCUGAUGUCCUUAAGGUGGGUCUGCUCCACCAGCAGACUGACCUCAACAACUGGAGGGCUUUCACCUUUGUGUUGAGUCGUUCCACGCUGCAGGCCUUCCCAACCGAGGGCCGGGGGCCCGUCUCUGAGCCUGUCCUCCGCUACCCGCUGGCCUCCUGCUUGGCCGUGCAGAGGGACGAGGGGGCCAGCACCGCCCGUUUCCAGGCAGUCUUCCCCAGAGAGGUGCUCCGUCUGCGGGCUGAGAGCCAACUCAAGGCCCAGGACUGGGUGGAGGCCCUGCGGACGGCCGUGGCGGCCCAGAGGCCCCAGGGGGAGGAGGGUCAGGGCUCCAGCCAGGCCCAGCCAGGUGCAGUGUCUAUGGGGACGGGGGUGCUGCUCAGGACCAAGCCCUCCAGGGAGAGGAGGCAGAGGGAUGCCCAGAGGGCCAAGAGACAGUCAGUCACCACCAGCUUCCUCAGUAUCCUCACUUGCCUGGCUGUGGAGAAGGGCCUGACCACCCAGAGCUUCAGGUGUGCAGGGUGUCAGAAGCCAGUAGGGUUGUCGCGGGGCAAGGCCAAGGUGUGUUGCUACAGUGGCUGGUACUACUGCCAGAGCUGUCAUCAAGACAACCUGUUCCUCAUCCCUGCCCGCCUGCUGCACAACUGGGACACCAACAGACACAAGGUGUCCAAGCAGGCCAAGGAGUUCCUGGAGUUUGUGUAUGAGGAACCCCUGCUGGACGUGCAGCAGCUGAACCCGUGUCUGUAUGAACACUGUGAGGGCCUGGCUGCAGUACUGCGCCUGAGACAACAACUCCAGUCCCUCAGAGCAUACCUGUUCAGCUGCCGUGCUGCUGUGGCCGAGGACCUCCGUAGAAGGAUCUUCCCCAGAGAAUACCUACUGCAACACAUCCACCUGUACUCACUGGCUGACCUGCAGCAGGUGAUUGAUGGGAAGCUGGCCCCCUUUCUCUCCAAGGUGAUUAAGUUUGCCAGUUCCCACGUCUUCAGCUGCAGCCAGUGCAGAGAGAAGGGCUUCAUCUGUGAGAUGUGUCAGAACGGACAGGUCAUCUAUCCCUUCCAGGAGAGCGCCACUAAGAGGGAGGUUUCAUUCACUUUGAAGAGAACAAGACAGGAAGGGGGAGAAGAGGAGGCAAGAAGAUCCUCUCUUUUACAGGAAGAGGAUGGUGGAGAUGAGGAGAAGAGAGGACACAGAAGAGUACAGCGUAGAGGACAGAGGAGGGAUCGCCAGACAUGGCUGUGCUGCUCUUGGCCAGAAGCCCGAGAGCGAGACAGGCAGAUAAAACAUUCAUUAAUGUCUAGUCUGUCCACACACACUUAAAUUAUUGAUCUCUGCUGCCUCAACUCACACAUCUCUCUUCUGGGUUAACGGAGAGCCUCUGAAGGCAGGGUCAUGAGAAGCAGAGGGCUGUGUGUGUGUGUGUGUGUGUGUGUGUGUGUGUGUGUGUGUGUGUGUGUGUGUGUGUGUGUGUGUGUGUGUGUGUGUGUGUGUGUGUGUGUGUGUGUGUGUGUGUGUGUGUGUGUGUGUGUGUGUGUGUGUGUGUGUCAGUUACAAUCUUUGCCGAAGUGAAUAUAUGAUAUAUAUUAAUCUGCGCUCAACUAGCUUUAAAGGUAUCGACUCCCCACAUAAAUGUUAUGCUGUUUCUUCAGCUUACAGAAGAUGCUGUAGACUAGAGCUAAUGAUUUAAUUGCCGUGCUUGGUACACACACACCCUUCACUAUCAGGCUGGAUGGCACACCUGAACCUUUGACCAGGGUUUAUUGCCCUUGGCAAGGAAGGAUCACGUUAACUGAUAGUGAUAGUAAACCAGUUAUACUGUAGUAAGAGUAACAGCUUAGUCAGACUUUGGCCCCCGAGAGCAGGACCUGCUCCUUUCCUGGUUGCAUCAGCUUUACCACCUCAUCCAUGACAUAGCCUGGGACACUCAGUUCGUUAGCCUGCCAUAUAGGCUGUUAAUCAUCAAUAGGUGAACAAUUGGAUUCUUUGGGACCGGUGCCCCAUUUUGAUUCGAGUGGCUAUGAGUAUGUUGUGUCGGAUGCAUUCCAUAAUCAUUUCUGAAAUAUGUUCUACAUUGUUUGUUCCAAUUUUACCUUCUAAAUGUCACUACAAAUGUAUUUAUUUUCAGGCAAAGUAAAUGCUUUCACCAUUCUAUGUUCCAGAAGUUUUAAGGUGAACUGUGUAGCCUAGUUAAGUGGAUGCUGAACAAGGUUUCUCUCGUCUUAUCUUCUAUACAUACAGUGGGGCAAAAAUGUAUUUAGUCAAGUUCUCCCACUUAAAAAGAUGAGAGGCCUGUCAUUUUCAUCAUAGGUACACUUCAACUAUAACAGACAAAAUGAUAAUAAAAAAUCCAGAAAAUCACAUUGUAGGAUUUUGAAUGACUGUGUAUAAUGCUGUCCUGUCCAACAGAUACCUGGGAGGGUGGUAACGUGAUCAAUCUUCCAGACAGGGCUGGGGUGAAACUAAUGUUUAUCCUGUCUUUUAGUACAGUGAUGUGUUCAUCUGGAAAUGUAUUUUUCCAGCUCAUACAUUUCCGACUUCUGUGACCAACCUACAAGCUGAAACUAAUAUGCUUUUUCCCCACCCUUCAGAUUUGUGUUGUAUUGAUGUUUGUGACUCUGUGCUU